GUGACGUGUGGGAGAGAUCCGUUGGCUCUCAGAAAUGAAGGUCAUGACUGGAGGAAGGAGGAUUUGGAGAGUUAUUCUUGUAUUCUGCCAAGUCCAGAUUUUGGUUUCUUCCGCUGCUGCAGGGACACAGCUGUGGUCCUUGGACAAUAUUCACAGUUAUACUAAUCCAAAAAGUCUAAACGAGAGCAACCUUGAGGUACACGUAAAAGUCCUUUUUCAUCACUCAUUGAUCGAGACGCAUGCGUCUAACGCAACAUGCUGUCCCGAUUCAUACAGAAUGACGCCGCCGCUGUUCUCCAGCUGCCAGAAUCUCCGCUGGUGACCGGCAGACCGAAGCGGGUGAAGAGGGAGUGGGUCUUUCCCCACAUCAACAUCCCAGAAAACCACAAGGGUCCAUACCCACAUUACGUGUUGAAGCUCAAGUCCAGCAAAGCGGGAACGGUGGCCAUAACGUAUAAGAUCAGCGGCCCGGGUGCAGACGAGCCCCCUGAAGGUGUUUUCACCGUCGACGGCCAAAGUGGCGUUAUGUAUGUGACCCAGCGACUGGACAGGGAGAAAAAAGACAGAUACACUCUGGUGGCUCACGCCCUGAACGAGAGGGAGCCGGCAGAGCAGCCCGUGGAGUUCACCAUCAACAUCAUUGACCAGAACGACAACGCCCCUGAGUUCACCCAGAAAGUCUUCGCCGGCAGCGUGAGCGAAAGUGCUGACGUCGACGAACCCGUCGCAAAGGUAACGGCGAAAGAUAAGGACGACCCAGAAACAAACAACGCCAUCGUUAGGUAUCGACUAAAAUCUCAGACGCCUACGAUGCCCGCAGGAGACAUGUUUGCCAUAAACGCAGUGAGUGGAGUGAUCCGUCUGAACAAACAGGGGCUGGACAGAGAGACCCAGCCAGAAUACAAACUGAUCAUUGAAGCCGCAGAUAUGCUGGGGGAGGGACUGACCACAAGCUGCACUGUUGUCAUCAACGUUACUGACAGCAACGACAAUGCCCCAAAUUUCACCGAGACAUCCAUGUCCACGUCAGUCGCUGAGAACGCGAUGGGAGUAGAGGUAGCAAGACUGAAGGUCACCGAUAUGGAUGAGCCAGCGUCCCCGAAUUCAAACACCAAAUACUUGAUUGUCAAAGGCAACGAAGAUGGAGCCUUCAACAUCACUGCCGGGUCAGAUACGAUGGAGGGAGUUAUCACAACUGCCAAGGGGCUGGAUUUUGAGAGCGUGUCUGUCUACAGGCUGUUGGUGGAGGUGACGAACGAGGCACCGUUUUCUCUCCCUAUGCCCACCGCAACGGCCACGGUCACCGUAAAAGUCGUUGACAGAAACGAGCCUCCUGUUUUCAGCCCAGCUGAGGUGCAGGUGACCCUCUCAGAGGGCGUGGCAGUCAGCGCUUCUGUGGCUGAACUCAAAGCAGAGGACCCGGACACAGCCAGAAAACAGCGCAUCAGCUACAAGCUCUGCAACGACUCUGCCGGGUGGCUCAGCGCCGACUUCAGCACCGGAUCAGUCAAGGUCGCCAGCAGCAUGGACAGAGAGUCCCAAUACGUCAUAGGCAACAAAUACACCGUUUUAAUUCUAGCUUAUGAUGACGAUACCAAUCCAGCAACAGGAACAGGUACUCUGGUUGUGAGUUUGCUGGACGUGAAUGACCACCGUCCGGUGAUCAGGCAGAGGAAAGCCAGUCUGUGUAACACGGACUCCAUUCCAGCGCUCCUGGAUAUACUGGACCGUGAUGGGGCGGGUCACGCCGGGCCGUUUACCGUGGAGCUUACAGGACAACACAAGGCAAACUGGACCGUCAAAACCAAUUCCACAAGCAAUGUUGCAUCUCUUUACCCCAGAAGAACCCUCCCUCCUGGGGACUAUACUGUUACCAUGAGGAUUUAUGAUGUCGAGAUGCUCUAUCAAGACAGCACGCUGGCCGUAGAAGUGUGCCACUGUCAAGGAGCGGUGGAUGCCUGCUUCAUCCCACCUCCUAGCCCACGGUCAAGCGUUCUUUCUUUGGCAACCCCUCUCCUGGGAGCUACCUUUGGUGUCCUGUUGCUGCUGCUCCUGCUGCUUCUCCUGCUGCUGAGAAAAAGGAGGAGGGUAGGGAAGGGGGACCCUCUUCUUGAAGAUCUCACCCGCGACAACGUCUUCUGCGACAGCGAGGAGGGAGGAGGUGAAGACGACAAGGAUUAUGAUUUAUCCCAGCUACACAGAGGGCUUGACAACCGACCUGAAGUUUUCAGCACGGUCGUUUUUCCUACUGUCCAGACUCCACCAGUCUACCGCUUUCAAAUCCAAGCCGGCGAGGAAAUCGGCAAAUUUAUCGAGCAUAACCUGCAAACUGCAAACAGCGAUCCCUCUGCUCCCCCUUACGACUCUCUCCUUGUGUUCGACUAUGAGGGUGGGGACACUGAGGUGGACUCUCUCAGCUCCAUCCAGUCCUCAGAUUCAGGUGAGGACCAGGACUUUCAGGUCUUGGCGCAGUGGGGGCCACGCUUCAGCAGACUGACGGACCUGUACGCUGGGGGCAGAGAGGAGGAAGACAGUGACGACCAAACGCUGCCAGGAAAAGCAGAAUGGGUCUGACACACCCAAACAUAUUUGGAGAUCAUACAACCUUGUGGGCUUCUGUGCUAAGAAUGAUCUGUGGGCUUAUUCAGCCACCGUGUGUGUUUUAUCUGUACCUGUGCCAUAUUCCUUCUUACUUUGUUUAUACUUUUGUGUGAUAUUUUGUUGCUGAAAUCUUUAUUUUUAAUAAUAUUUAGACAGAAACUUUAUUUUUUAUGAGUUUCUGUUAUCAAAUCAUUGUUUAUGCUAUUUUAAUGCCAAUAAAUUACAAUGUGAUGACUUACAGGGCCUUGGAGAAAUAUUCAUACUCCUCAAACCUUUUCAAAUUCCUGUGUAUUAUAUGGGGAUUGUUAAGUAUAGAACAAGUGUCUGCAACAUAUGGCUCUUUAGACCCUCCUCUGCGACUCUAAUGUUGGUCACAAUUGCUAAAGAUUUUGUAAUUAAAGAAAAUGUAAUAGUAUAAUAUCCAGUUUAGAAGGUUCUCCUAAGCAUUUUCAUGCACAACAUGCAUAGCAUUUCCACAAAGAAUACACUAAUAAAGUAAGGAACAUUGUUUUAAACAUUGAGUUAUAUCUUUUACCUUUUAGUUGCUAACGAUGUGCUUUUUUUGACAUAAUUUUCUAUUUAAUA